CUUCCUUUAGACCAAAAGUUUCGUCCAGACCAGACCAGACCAGACCAGACCAGACCAGACGGCGAAGAAAGAACCCUAGGAUAGGCGAUGGCGACUCGGAAUCUAGCAACCACGGGUUUGAGAAAACGGUGCGAGACGUUCAUCAUUGACGCUGAAAAUUUCGCGCUAGUACAUGCUCGUGGCAAAAUUCUCCGAACUUUCUUAGGAAUACCAUUGCUUGGAUUUUUCUGGGGGGCCCUGGAGCUUGCGUCUAGGAUAGCUGCAGAACGAGAAAUGCUAAAGGAAAAAGAGAGGGAUCACCAAAGACGGCUUCAGCUCUUGAAGGAAAGAGAGAGCCAAGUUAACGCCAAAUUAGCAAGAAUGGUCAAGCAAUUUACAUUUCUUCCUUUAUUUAAUUGCAGCGUUAAGACAUGAAUCGUUUGAGCUUUCUUGUCUUGUUUAUGCAAUAUCUUCUAUCGUUAGCUCUGCUUCUUCUAAUUCGUGUAAGCACUCAUUUUCAUGUUUCAGGUGGGGCUUCCAUAUGCUUCUGAUCAAACCACCCAGGGAUGAAGAUGAAGAUGAAGAUGAAGUAGAGGGUCUUGCGGGCAUGUUCAAUUUGUUUUCUUAUGUAUUUUUUUGUGUCAUCUUCCAAAACACUCAAAGCUGGUUUUCUUUUGGGGAAAUUGGUGAAAUAACCAUAUUGGGGGGAUAAUUGGUUUUUUAGAGAGAUGGGUAGAGAGAGAUAGGAAGAGGGGGGAGAAAAAAAGGGGGGAUUUUGGUUAGAAAUUUAAUUUGUUUUUUUUUCUAA